CCCGCCACACCAAUCAUGGCGGCCCCGCCCCGCUCCCCCAAUAUGGCCGCCCCGCCCGUCCCUCCUGCCCGUGACCAAAAUGGCCACCCGGAAAACCCGCGCCCAGCAUGGCGGCCGCCAGUGGGAGCGGAGAGGGCUCGGGGUUGUGAUGUCACUUCCGUUCCGGCCGGCUUGUCCCUCAUGGAGGCGGGAGAGGGCCGGCCGGGGGUGGCGGCGACGCUGCGGGCGCUGAACGGGGCGCUGGGGCGCCCCGGCGCGCUCUGGGUGAAGGAGAGCGGCGCCCGCAACCUGCGGCACCGAGACUUCCUGGCGCCGCGGGCCGCGCUGGGCGCCGCCUUUCCCGGCGGGCAGGUGCCGCCCGAGGCCGUGUCGGCGGUGCCGGCGCUGCGGGGCCCGGCGGUGUUGCCGCUGCGGGGCUGCCGGGACACGCCGGCGGGGCUGGCGGUGCAGGUGCGGCGCCCCGAGGCCUUUCAGCGCCUGCUGGGACCCCUGCCCGGCCCGGCCGCCCCCGCGGCGGGGGCGCGGGAGGGCCCCGUGGUGCUGCACUGCCCGGCCCUGCGCGGCCCCGCCGUUCUGCGGCCGCGCCAUCUCCGCCCGGCCCUGCUCGCCGACCACCUGGCACAGCUGCUGCGCGCCCAGGGGGUCGGCGUGCGCCUGGUCCCGGCCCUCGCCCAGGAGGGCAGCUCGGAGGUCCUGCGGCAGCUCCGCAUCGACUGGCCCUCCGGCUCCGGCGGCUCGUCCCUCCCUGAGGCUGUCUCGGCCUUGAAGGCAGCGCUGGGCCGGGCCCCUUGUGCCACAGCCUGUGAGCAGGGGCCGGGCACGGCCGCGCUGCCCGAGGGUGUCAUCGGUAAAGUGCACCUGAAGAGCUUUGUGGAGCAGCAGGGCUUGGUGGGCUAUGACCCCAACCUGGAUGUGCUUCUCGUGACAGAGGGGAUGCUGAGAUCCCUGGCUGAGUUGCAGCAAGUUGUUCAGCAGUGCCGGGCUGAGGGCCUGGGUAGCUGCUGCAGCAUCGUGCAUGUGGUGAACUGUGAGGAGGAAUUCCAGCAGCAGCAGCUGGAUCUGCUCUGGAGAAUUUUGGACCCGGGAGCCCACACAGCUUUGCAGAAACACCUUGUCUGUGGACCAGUGAAGGUGACCAACCCCUCAUCGCCUAUUGGGGCAGACCAGUACUUCCAGCUCCGAAAGCGCCAGAUGUAUGAAGCCUCAGUGAUGAAGUACGGGGAGCUUGCACAAGAUGAGGCCUGGAGGGAGGUGAUUGAUACCCUGACAGCAGCGGCCAUCAGGUUUGAGAUGCUGAGCACUGCUCACCGGAGCCAGAUCACCCUGGACCUGGAGAACAGCAGCAUCUCCACGAAGGGAACCAAGAGCGGCGCCUUUGUGAUGUACAACUGUGCCCGCCUGGCCACGCUCUUCGACAGCUUCCAGCGGGCUGUGGAGCAGGGCACAUACCCACCUCUGCCACCAGUGUCUGAACUGAACUUCUCCUGCCUCCGGGAAGAGGGUGAAUGGCUCCUGCUCUUCAACUAUCUCCUGCCCUUUCCUGAAGUCCUGCAGCAGGCAGCACAGCUGCCCACACCCUCCAAGGGGAUCCGGAUCACAGCCAACACAGAGACAGUGUGCAAGUUCCUGAUCCAGCUCAGCAUGGAUUUCAGCUCCUACUACAACCGGGUGCAUGUCCUGGGGGAGCCGUUCCCUCACCUCUUUGACCAGAUGUUUGCCCGCCUCCGGCUGCUGGGAGCAGUGAGGGAUGUGUUCCAUAGCGCGCUGGCAACUCUGCACCUCCCUCCUCUCAACCAGAUCUGAGCCCCCCCAUGAAGAACUGUGCCGUGAUGUGACAGGCACCUGGACAAUGUGCUGUUAGGGGAGGACAAGGCGUGCUGUCACCAUCAGGCUGAGGGGCUGUCUCAGCACCAGCCAGGGGACACUUCAGCCCAUGAAGGCGCUUCCCCUCCCAGGGCCUGUGCUGUUUGGGGCUUGGCCAUGUGCUCCCUGCAGCUGUGCCCAGUGUGAAGGGAAAGGGAGGGCUCCUGUGGCACCCACAAGCUAUGCUGGGAACACUGAGAGAGAGGGCACAAGGGACCAGUAGCCACAAACCCAGGCACCAACAAUCACUUCCCUCUAAACUGUUUAUUGAAGGUUGCUCCGUGCUGGCAGGGAGCUCCUGAAGUUCCAGGCUCCUGCUGGAACCUGGCCCAAGCCCCAAUACUAGGGUCCAAUACACUUCUUGCUGGGCAAACACUGUGUUUGUCUGACCUCA